AUGUCAGCCUUCUUGUUCGACCGUCAGAAGCUCCCGCAGCUCAAAGAUAAAGUCGUUGUACUAACAGGUAGAUCCACGUACCAACUGCUGCGGAACAGAAAUUUUACUAACAUCCCUACUGGCGGCGCCAACGGUAUAGGUGCGGAAACGGUGAAACUGCUUAGCUCCCAUGGAGCAAAAGUGGUCUUUGGCGAUAUUGCUAAAGAACAAGGGAUGACCCUCGCAAACUCUCUAUCUCCUAAUGUCUGUUUUGUUGAGACCGAUGUGACUUCAUAUUUAUCGGUUCUGCAGCUAUUUCAAAAAGCUUUUGAGCUUUAUCAACGUGUUGACAUUGCCGUCUCGAACGCCGGUCUUGGGGAAAAACCGGAGUGGUUCGAGCCGUCCAUGAACCUUGUCAGCGUGCAAAAGGAGCCAAAUACAGUCACCCUUGAUGUUAACUUGAGAGGCUCCUUAUUUUUUGCUCGCGUGGCAACUGUAUAUUUACGCCAAAAUGCCGCAAGAGAAGACAAUAAGUCGCUGAUACUUCUUUCGUCAGUAGCCGGAUUUGAAGAGAGUCCAGGCAUCUUCGUGUACCAGGCUGCCAAGCAUGGUAUCAUCGGUCUAAUGCGAAGUUUGAGGAAAUACUCCUCUACUGUUUAUGAUGAGGCAAACAUUCGAGUAAAUUGCGUUUGUCCAUGGGCAACGAAGACAGCCAUGAUCCAAGAAUUCCAGACUGCGUGGGAAAAAGAAGGCCUCCCACUAAACACCUGCCUUGACGUGGCCGAAGUUGUCGCGGCCAUUGCGCUGGAAGGAAAUUUGAAUGGAGAGAGUGUGUAUGUGGAAGGUGGAAAUUCGUGGCUCUUUGAGGAGAACCUCCAACGCCUUCAGCCUCAAUGGCUCGGUGAAUCAGCCUUCCAGAAUUUAAUGAAAGGACAAGCUUAUCUAGCCACAGUAUGA